AUGACAGAUAACAGUAAUCUGCGAAUCGCCAAUAAUAAGAUACCACCAAUAAUAAAUACCAAGGAGAUUUCUGUUCAAAUACCCACUAGCAAUCGGAAGCCUUGUGGUUUAGACUGGGCUGAAUCAUCCUGGAUACGAUGGAUUUAUGUCGUAUUUUGGUGGUGGUUAAAUCCAAUUUUAAAUAUUGGUUAUAAACGUCAACUAACUGAAGAUGAUUUAUUUGAAGUAUCACCAAAUGAUGAAUGCAGUCAAUUAUUGAAUAGACUUGAAAGAGUAUGGGAAAAAAAUGAAAAUAAAUAUGGAUAUAUUACUAUAUGGAAAAUAAUCGUAAAAACAUUUUGGCAAGAGUGUCUAAUAGCCGGUUUAAUUUUACUUCCAUAUAUUGGUACAAAACUAGCUCAACCUCUACUUUUAAAGCAAAUCGUUCUUCAUAUUAAUGAUUUAAAUGCAGCUUCAUACAUUGGCUAUGUAUAUGCCAUUGGAUUAGUACUUGCGGCAAUUUUCCAAUCAAUCCUCCAUCAUCAAUUUUUUCUUCGUAUAAUACGAACUGGGAUGCAUAUACGCAUUGCACUUUCAUCUUUUAUUUAUAAAAGACUAUUGUCAUUGCCAAUGACAGCAAUUAUUAAAACAACUACAGGUCAUGUGAUAAAUUUAAUUUCUAAUGAUGUUAGUAAAUUUGAAGAAUUAACUACUAUUAUACAUCAUAUAUGGGCAGCACCAUUAGAAGCAAUCAUUGUCUUUGGUUUAAUUUGGAAUGAAAUUGGUAUUCCGACUUUAUUCGGUUACGGUGUAUUGUUACUUUUAGUACCAUUGCAAGUAUUUUUUAGUAAAAAAUUUGCAACAUUUAGAAAAGAAACCGUACAAUGGACCGAUAAACGUGUAAAAAUUAUUAAUGAAAUCUUCGUUGGUUGUCAAAUUGUUAAAAUGUAUAGAUGGGAAGAAGCAUUGGAAGCUCUUGUUUAUAAUACAAGAAAAAAUGAGCUUAGAAGUAUUCAAAAAGCAAGUCGAAUUCGAGCAAUUAAUAUGGGAAUGUAUUUUUCAUCAAUAUCAUUAAUUUCGUUAGCUACAUUUGGUGGAAGCUGGUUGAUGAAUCAAACACUAUCUCCUGCGACUAUAUUCACGAUUUUAUCACUGUUUGGUAUGGUAAGAUAUCCAUUAACAGCUAACUUACCUUUUGCUAUUGAAAAAUUAAGUGAAAGUACCAUAGCUUCAAAUCGCAUUAAUCAAUUCAUGAAUUUAUCUAAGCAGACUCGUAGAAAAACGUACCAAGAAAAAUCUGUCAGCGACCAUGAUCGAAUACCAGGCACUAUAGUAAUGGAUAGAGCCUCAUUUACAUGGGGUUCUACUCAAACAAUUGAAUUAAUUGACAUUGAUUUAAAGGUAAAUAAUGGUUCAUUAGUUGGUAUUAUAGGAACAAUUGGCUCGUGUAAAUCGUCCCUUUUGGCUGCUAUACUCGGUGAAAUGUCUCUUGUUCAAGGUAGUAGUAAGAUAUAUGGUAAAACUUCAUAUGUACCUCAAACACCAUGGAUAUUUGCUGGUACCAUACGUGAAAACAUAUUGUUUGGUAAAUCCUUUGAUAAAGAGAAAUAUGAACGUGUAUUGAAAUCAUGUCAAUUAAAUGCUGAUUUACGAUCAUUGUCCGCUGGUGAUUUAACAGUAAUUGGUGAAAAAGGAGUAAAUUUAAGUGGAGGACAAAAAGCUCGUCUUACACUUGCUCGAGCUGUAUAUACCGAAGCUGAUAUUUAUUUAUUUGAUGAUCCAUUAGCAGCAGUUGAUCUUACAGUUGCCAGAAAAAUUUUUAAACAAUGCAUUAGUAAUGAAGGUAUUUUGAAUAAUAAAACUCGAUUAUUAGUUACACAUCAAAUACAAUUUUUAUCAGAAUUUGAUCAUUGUAUUUUAUUACAUGAUGGUCAAAUAGAAAAACAAGGUUUCUAUAAUGAUUUAUUAACAAUAGAUAAAAUAAAAGAAUCCUAUGAAAAUCAACAAUAUCAUACAGAUGAAACAAGAGAUAUUAGAAAACGAAACGAUAGUAUUAUUUCUUAUUAUGAUACGACUAAUCUACCUGAAGAUAAUAAUGAAACUAGUAUUGUUCAAGAAGAAACAUCUAUUAGUGGGAAAGUCAGCAUUGAUGUUUGGUUGAAACUAUUUACUUCUGGUUAUGGCUGGAUUGGAUUAUUGUUAUUGUUUUUUUUAAUGUUAUUAGGUGAAGGUGUUUAUGAUGCAACUAAUAAAUGGUUAAGUUUAUGGUCAUCAAAGAUACACAUAGAACAACGCAAAAAUCAUUAUCCAUAUAUAUACUUAGGAUUGGUAAUUGGUACGUGGAUAAUUGGAUUAAGUCGUGCUAAUUAUUUUUUCCAUUUGAUAUUACGUGGUGCAUCUGCAUUACAUAAUAGUAUGCUUAAAGGUGUUUUAUAUAGUUCAUUAAGAUUUUAUGAAAGUAAUCCAGUUGGUCGUGUAUUAAAUAGAUUUAGUAAAGAUCAACAAGUUGUUGAUGAAUUAUUACCAGCAACAUUUUUUGAUACAAUUCAAAUAUUACUAAUGGUAUUAGGUAGUAUUGUUAUUAUUGGUAUGACAAAUCCAUGGAUUUUAUUAAUAUUAAUACUCAUUAUUCCAAUAUUUCUAUGGUUAAGAAGAUUUUAUUUAAAAACAAGUACAGCUGUUAAACGAAUAGAUAGUGUAACUAGAAGUCCUAUUUAUGCAUUAUUUUCUUCAUCAUUAAGUGGAUUAAUGACUAUCAGAGCAUUUAAUAUGGAAAAUGAUUUUGUAAAUCUAUUUAUUGAUAAAAUUAAUGCAAAUACGCGCGCAUUUUUUAUAUUUACUUGUUCAGGUAGAUGGUUUGGUUUUAGAUUAGACUUAAUGACUUGUUGUUUAACAUUUCUAACCGCAACUUUAUGUGUUGCUUUACGUAAAAGUAUGGAUCCUUCAUCUGUAGCAUUGGCUCUAUCGUACUGUAUAAGUUUAACUACUCUUUUUCAAUGGGGAGUACGUCAGUCGGCUGAAACUGAAAAUUUUAUGACUAGUGCAGAAAGAAUUGAUGAAUAUUCUCACAUUCCUUCAGAAGCAGGUUUUUACAAAGAAGAAUCAGAACCACCAGUUAAUUGGCCAUUCGAAGGAAGAAUCCAAUUCGAAAAUUAUAAGUUAAGAUAUCGUCCUGAACUUGAACCUGUAUUAAAAGGUAUUAAUUUAGAAAUUCUUCCACGGAAUAAAAUUGGUAUUAUUGGACGUACAGGUGCUGGUAAAUCGUCUAUUUUUCAAGCACUAUUUCGAUUAACUGAUAAAUCAACAAUAGAUGGGAAGAUUUUUAUUGAUGGAAUUGAUAUUAGUAAAAUUAGUCUGAACGAUUUACGAUCAAUUUUAAAUAUUAUCCCACAGUCUCCAAUAUUAUUCAGUAAUACACUUCGAUAUAAUCUAGAUCCAUUUGGACAUUAUACUGAUGAACAAUUAUGGAACGCAUUAGAAGCUGUUCAAUUAAAAACAAAGAUUGAUAAAUUAAAAGAUAAAUUAAAUAUACAAGUAGCAGAAUAUGGAAGUAAUUUUAGUGUUGGUGAAUGUCAAUUAAUAUGUAUAGCAAGAGCAAUUCUUAAACAAAGUAAAAUUUUACUAAUCGAUGAAGCAACAGCACAUGUUGACACAAAAACUGAUCAAUUAAUUCAACAAAUUUUACAUGAAAAAUUUAUCGAUCAAACGAUAUUAACAAUUGCACAUCGUCUGAAUACAGUAAUGAAAAGCGAUAAAAUUGUUGUUAUGAAUGAUGGUAUCAUUGAACAAUAUGGAACGCCAACAGAAUUACUUACUCAACAAAAUCAAUUACUUGCUGAUAUUGACAAUGAGAAUAAAUUAUCGUCCACUUCAAAAUAG